ACCAAACAAAUGUAUCAGGAAGAAGAUCCAGUAUUGUUAUACCGUUUGUGAUUGUCGAUGACUUUCAUAUUUCUAAUUUUAUCCAACAACCAGUAUGGCGAACACAGGUACCAAGGAAAUCUCCUAUGAGGAAUUGAAGGCUCUUGUGGGAAAGAGCCCGAAUCUCAUUCUGAUUGAUGUCCGCAGUGAAGAGGAGGUGGCAAAAGGACAUAUUCCAGGAUCCAUUAAUAUUCCACUUAAUACAGUAGAGGGCGCUCUUAAAAUGAAUCCAGAUGAAUUCAAGGUUAGGUACGGAGUAACAAAGCCACUGCUGGAUGCACCAGAGCUGGUUUUUCACUGCCAGAUUGGCAAGCGAGGGGCAAUGGCUACCACCAAGGCUCAUCAGCUAGGAUACGUGAAUGCACGUAAUUAUGCUGGUGCAUACAGCGAGUGGUCGAAGAAAGAAGGAAAAUGAUGCUAAAGGAGAGUUUCAUAUUUAUUUAUGAAAACAGGAAGAUUAAAAUAAAUAUUGGUAUUUUUCAGACUGUACACUGAAUUUUAUAUUAAUGAAUAAAUACAUAUAAAUAAAUAAACUUUUGUGUCAUGCUGUAAGACCAUGAAAAUAUUGGAAGUUCAUAAAACAUGUGACAACAUCCUUGAUAUUCCUGAGGUAUUUUAACAAUCACUAGUUUGCUCAAGGUUUAUAAAGGAGCUCUAGCUUUUUUCUAGUGAAGCAGUGUGACAUCUUUUUAAAUGUUUUACACGUGUGAAUUUAGAGUGCAUAGCUCAAAAAGACCUAACAAGUCUCUGAUUCUUAGCUUUGUACCACACAACUUCUUGUAGUGUAUGAAAUUAAUGUGCAUGGACAUUAAAAAGU